AGUUUUAAUGUUUUCAGUGUUGUUGUCGUCGAUUGUAAGACACGUCGACAUUGACUUACAUUACAUUUAAUUUACAAUUUGUUAUCUAAUUAUUUGACAUUUCUUCAUGUCUUUUAAUUCAAUGGAUCAGCAAAUGUAUUAUCAACCAAAUACCCCACACAUACCACCGCAACCGAAUCCACAGCAAUACUAUCAGAUCAAUGGAAGCGCUGCCCAAAUGGCAAACCCAACACCAAUGCAGCCCUACGGACAUCAGCCGCAGACCAAUAUGUCUUCGCCGCCAUUUAGCCAACAGGUAUCUCAACCCGUUAAGAGUGUGCCUCCGGGACCACAACUAUCACAAGACUCACUGCAAUCUCAAAGACCAAAUCAACAACCAAUGCAAACAAGUUUGGGUUCAACUGACACAUCACAACAUAUGAACAACUUAUCGGAUCAAAUGAGAAAUGUCUCGUUGAGUGGUGUACAACAACAACCGUUUCAAUCACAUAACGGUUACCAAACACAACAACAAUCACCCGUUUCGCCGGUUGGUUCGCAAACAUAUACUUUACCGCAAACACAAUCUACGUUUCCAUCGCUUCAAAAUGAUCCGCAACAACGACCACUUCAACCAAAUUUGGAUUUAUCGGGCGGUCAACAAAACUGGUCGCGUCCUCCCGUAGCUGGCGCUCAGUUACCACAAACAUCGGAAACAAAUAACUGGAAUCAGAAUUCUCUCCAAACUCAACAAAACUUUCAAAGUAAUACAUAUUUACCACAAUCAACACCACAACCACAACUUCCACAGUCACAACAGUUUCAGCAAAGAGGAUCACUUAAUCCACAAAAUAUGGGACAACAAAUUCCUUCAGUUCCACAAACAGUUAACCAAAUGCCACCGAUGGCCUCACGAUUUCCUCCUCCGCCAACACAACAAAUGCAGAAUAUGUCGGCUCCAUUGUCAGCGCCUCCAAUGCCUGGACAGAUGGCUCAACAACCAAUGCAAAACCGUUACGGUUCUCCAUCAGCAAUGUCUGGCGCUCCUCAACAACAACAACAAGCUUAUCAACAACAACAACAACAAUCUUAUCAACAACAAUCUCAACAACGCUUAGAUCCUGAAGCUAUGCCGAGUGUGGUUCAAGUAAUAGAAGAGGACAAACAAAAGUUUAAUACAACCGAUAUUUUGUUCACAACUUCGAUUCCGGCGUCUGUUCCGCCAUUAGUAACAACUAUUAAUGAUAACGAAUAUGGUAUCAUAAAUGAUGGCGGAUCUGCACGUCCUCAUCAUUUAAGACCUACUAUAUAUCAAGUGCCCAUUACUGAAGAUACACUAAAAUUAACUAAUAUUCCGCUGGGAAUUGUUAUUCAACCAUUUGAUGACACAGAAGUUGAUGGCAAAAAUGUCGUUCCCAUCACUAACAGCGAAAUAAUUCGUUGCAAUCGUUGCAAAGCAUAUAUGAAUCCAUAUAUGAGAUUCAUUGAUGGCGGACGAAGAUUUCAGUGCUCUCUUUGUCAUCACAUUACUGAUUGCAGUCCAUCUUAUUAUGCAAACUUGGAUCACACGGGCCAAAGAUUAGACAAAUUUAAUCGACCGGAACUAUUCUUAGGAAGCUAUGAAUUUCGUGCCACAGCUGAAUACUGCAGAAACUCUGUUUUGAACGCCCGAAGACCUCAUAUAAUAUUUGCUAUGGAAUUGACCGCUACUUCUAAGCCAAUUCUGUACCACUUAGCGAAACAUUUGUCGGGUAUUAUUAGAGACUGUCUUCCGCGAGAUCCACUUAAUCCCAGUAGUAGUCCUCCUUUAGUGGGAUUUUUAACCUACAAUUCAAAGAUUCAAAUUUAUGAUAUUAUAAACAACGGUCACUCGCAUAUCAUUAGUGACGUGAGCUCUACUUUUCCUCCGUUUACAACAUUUUUGGUCGACCCGUUAGUCCAUUUUGAACAGAUUGAAAGUUUUCUACAAUCGUUACCAACUCUUUUUGCUAAUGAAGAGCUCGAAACACAGACAGUGUUGGGUCCAGUCAUUGAAGCGGCUCUUCUUACAGCUCAAGUAGAUUCUGGCAAUUGGUUUUCAGGAUAUAAUCCAAACGAUAAUAACCAGGCAAUGCCAGUCGGAAAGAUUUAUCUCUUUCAUUGUACUUUACCUAACUUUGGUACUGAUGCCGAUACUCCCGGCAGACUUAAGCCUCGAUGGACUACUUCGCCGGAUGAAAUAAGAAAACUUUUGGGAACUGAUAAAGAAAAGACAAUAUUAUCUCCGGCUUCUAAUAAAUACUACAUUGGUUUAGGCCAGCGGUGUGUCGCAGACUUUGCCAGUGGUGUCGAACUAUUUUUGUUUCCACCAAUUAAUGGUUCAUAUCUAGAUGUGGCCACUUUGGGUGAAUUGGUCCGAAUUACAGGAACGGGAACUAUCUAUAAAUAUUUUAAUGACUUUACCGACCGUUUUCUCGUUGAUUUAAAAUAUUCUUUGCGUUCAACAUUUGCCUUCGAUGCCAUUAUGAAAGUGAGAACUUCUACUGGGAUUCGUCCACAUGAUUAUAUUGGCAACUAUUAUGUUAGGACUACAAGUGAUAUCGAGUGCGCAACAAUCAACACGGGAUGUAAUAUUGCGGUCGAAAUUAAAUAUGACGACAAAUUGCCUGAAGACGAGUUUGUUGUCAUUCAAGUAGCAAUACUUUAUACAGCUUUAAGUGGUGAACGCAGAGUUCGUGUCCAUAAUAUGGCACUAUCGACGUGUCAACAGGUGGCCGAUGUUUAUAGGAAUGCAUGUUGUGAUACAACUAUCAAUAUUUUAUUAAAACAGACGGUUUGGGCCCAAAGAAAUGGAGAUAAAACAGUUCAGCAAUCAAAAGAAACACUGAUUAAUCGGUCCAUUAAUAUAUUAACAGCUUAUCGCCGUCAUUGUGCACAACCCGGUUCAUCACUUGGUCAACUAAUACUUCCCGAAGCCUUAAAGUUAUUGCCGAUGUAUAUAUGCGGUGCUCUAAAGUGCGAUGCUAUUGAUGGCGGACCAGAGAUGACACCCGAUGAUAAGGCUUACUCUCAAAUUAAAUUAAUUGGUGCUCCUCUAUCUCUAUCACAGGUGAUUCUUUAUCCACAAUUAUUAAAAAUUGAGUGCGAUGACAGCAGCGGUCAGUUAAGAGCCACACAAAUCCGGUGUUCAACUCACAAAAUAAUGGAUACAAAAGCAUUUGCUUAUCUAUUAGAGAAUGGUUUCUAUAUAUUGAUAUAUAUACCAAACGUUUCAAUUCCUGGACAAAAUCAAUUCUUGAGCGCAGUUUUUGGAUCACAUGUCGACAAUAUUUCUAAAAUACAGCCAGAAUUGGGUUUGCCUAAAUUGGUGACAAGUGAAUCAAAUUAUUUAAAUCAAAUCAUUGAAAAUAUUGAAAAUAUAAGAAAGAAAUCAAUGAGAGUUUAUAUUAUAAGACAAUCAAUUGAUAAAUUAGAGACCAUUUUUAGGAGCUUUCUUUAUGAAGAUAAAAAAGCGUCCAAUAAUUCAAUGGCUGGCGAUAGUACCAAAUUGGAGGGCCCAUCAUAUGUUGAUCUAUUGGUUCAUUUGCACCGAGAAAUCCGUACUCAACUUAAUUAAAUAUUGUAAAAAAAUUUUUGUUUAUAAAUAAAGUUAUUGAGAGAACUAUUUAUUGAAAUAUCAUUUUAUUAAUAUUGAGUCUCAAAUAAGUCUUAAAUUAUUUUAAUUGUAACAAUAAAAUAGUAUUAUCAUAAUUACCGGUAAUAGUUUUAUGAGUAGAA